UUCUGGAGCCCCAGUCACUCACUGCCUUUGCUGCUGCUCUCACCGCUGCCACCUCUUUCUCAGCCUCUGACCACUGGCUGUGGCUUACCCACCCUCCCUCACCAAUCUAUUCCUCUCACCUGGCCAUGACCCUGGGCCCUCCAGGGACAUUGGUUCAGCCCUGAGCCCGGAUCCCCAGCCCCUCCCCUGGGCCAUGGCCAACUCAGGCCUCCAGCUCCUGGGCUACUUCCUGGCCUUGGGUGGCUGGGUAGGCAUCAUCGCCAGCACAACCUUGCCGCAGUGGAAGCAGUCCUCCUACGCAGGUGAUGCCAUCAUCACGGCUGUGGGCCUCUACGAGGGGCUCUGGAUGUCCUGCGCCUCCCAGAGCACAGGCCAGGUGCAAUGCAAGCUCUAUGACUCGCUCCUUGCCCUAGACGGUCACAUCCAGUCUGCACGAGCACUGAUGGUGGUGGCGGUACUCCUGGGCUUCGUGGCCAUGGUCCUCAGUGUUGUGGGCAUGAAGUGCACACGGGUUGGAGACAGCAACCCCAUCGCCAAGGGCCGUGUCGCCAUCUCCGGAGGCAUCCUCUUUCUCCUGGCAGGCCUCUGCACUUUGACAGCUGUGUCAUGGUAUGCCACCCUGGUGACCCAGGAAUUCUUCAACCCCAGCACACCAGUCAAUGCCAGGUAUGAGUUCGGCCCAGCUCUGUUUGUGGGCUGGGCCUCUGCUGGUCUAGCCAUUCUGGGGGGCUCCUUCCUCUGCUGCUCCUGCUCACGGCCUGAGAGAUCCAACAGCAGCCCACAGCCCUAUCGGCCAGGACCCUCAACUGCCGCCCGAGAACCAGUUGUUAAAUUGUCUGCCUCCGCCAAGGGUCCCCUGGGUGUGUAAUGUCCAAGCCCCCAGCCUGACUCUUCCUUUGUCAAUAUGUAGACUGUGUGUGUGUACAUGGUAUUUUUUGGAAAGAGAAGUGACUAUCCAGCCGCAA